CACCGAGAGGAGGGCGGAGGGACUCUCGGUGCAGAGGCGCCUCCCCACCGGUGCGUGCUGAGCGCAGGCCAGGCUGCAGCAGGCGCUGCGUGCGAGAGCGAGAGAAAGCGCGAAGCGACGGCGGGGAAUAAUCUCUGGAGCUGGAUAGGGCAGCCCAGGCACGGCCGGGGAGGGCGUCAGGGAGGAGCCGAAGCGUGGAGGAGGAGCCGGAGCCCCAGCCUGCGUGCGUCAGGUCCUGCUGGCAACUCGGCAAAGUUCAGGGGAGGCAGAAAGCGGCGCCUUUGAGGCGACAGGAGCGCCGAGGCGAGACUAAGCAGGAGCUCGCGGGGAAGGGGGGCUUUCCCAGCGCGCAAGGAGAGUGCGCAAAGGCGCCUCCCGAGGAAAAGUUUGUGGCGGGGCAGGAGGGCCGGCGGCUGAGCUGGGGAGCCUGGUCCCAUGGAGGGACUGGAGCUGCGGCACCAGCGCCAGCAGCCUGAGCUGGAGGAAGGCAAGAGCGCGCAGCCCUGAGCGGUGGCGGCGCACGGUUCCUUGGGUCUCCAUGGACGCUGACGGUACGCAUUAGGCAGGCGGGCGCCGUCAUGGCCAAAUGGCUGAAUAAGUACUUCAGCCUGGGCAAUAACAAGACCAAGAGCCCCCCGCAGCCGCCCCGGCCGGACUAUCGGGACAAACGCAACGGAACGGCGGUGGCGGGAGGCGGAGGGCACCACAACCAUAACCACCAUCAUCACCACAACCACCACCACCACACCUCGCCGUGCUUCCCGCGCCACGACACCAGCGACCUGCUCCGCGCCUACCGCGCGCAGAAAGAGCGCGACUUCGAAGACCCGUACAGCGGGCCCGGCUCGUCGCUGCGUAAGCUGAGGGCGCUCUGCCGCGCCGAGUAUUGUGCGCCGGAGGAGCUGCUGGUCGAGCCGGCCGGCCCCAAGCCCUUCUCCUCGUCGUCCUGCUGCGGCGGGGAGGGUGGUAGUAGUGGCAGCGCCGCUGUCGCCACCAACGCCUCGGCUUCGCCUCAGCUCUUCCGCAGUCACAGCGAAAGGCGAGCCGCCACCCCGCCCGACGCCGUCAAGUACAUCUCCCCCAAGCACCGGCUUAUCAAAAUCGAAAGCAACGAAGGCUGCAAGGGAGGCGGCGGUGCCCCCAUCACCUGGAGUCCUUCGGCAAGCGCCGGGCCUGGCCAGAAGAAGCUCAAUAAGUGCGUGGAGCAAGCGGAAGGCGGCGGUGUCUCCAGCACCAAGAAGGAGAAAGUUCUAAUAGCAGAUGACUACUCUGACCCAUUUGAUGCCAAAAGUGAGGGCAACAAAACAGGCAAAGGAGAAAACACAGGCUACAUGGAGCCUUACGAAGCCCAAAGGAUCAUGACUGAAUUCCAAAGGCAAGAUAGUGGGAAGCCCCAGCAGAAAGACAUCCAGCUUUAUGACACACCUUACGAACCUGAAGGCAAUGGUGUGGAGUCGGAUUCUGAAAGCAUAGUGAGUCAGCGCUUGAGAGAGAGCAAGUUGCCACAGGACGACGACAGGCCUGCAGACGAAUAUGACCAGCCAUGGGAGUGGAACAAGGUUACCAUUCCAGCCUUAGCAGCCCAGUUCAAUGGGGGAGAAAUGAGACAGUCUUCACCUUCUCCGUCUUCAAAUGAUCGGCGUCGACAGCUUCGAGCACCAGGGGGAGGCUUCAAGCCUAUCAAGCAUGGCAGCCCUGAAUUCUGUGGAAUCCUGGGGGAGAGAGUGGAUCCAACUAUCCCACUGGAAAAACAAAUAUGGUAUCAUGGAGCAAUCAGCCGGACAGAUGCAGAAAACCUCUUGCGGUUGUGUAAAGAAUGUAGCUAUCUAGUGAGGAAUAGUCAAACCAGCAAGCAUGACUAUUCACUGUCAUUAAAGAGCAACCAAGGGUUUAUGCACAUGAAGCUGGCAAAAACCAAAGAAAAAUACAUUUUGGGCCAGAACAGCCCUCCGUUUGACAGUGUUCCAGAAGUGAUCCACUACUACACAGCUAAAAAACUCCCGAUAAAAGGAGCUGAACAUUUGUCGCUCCUAUACCCUGUUGCUGUCUGGACCUUAUAAUUGCUCUGGCCCAUGCUCCUUCCCGUGGAUUGGAGAUGAAGCAUGCUGCCGCAGAAGUGCCUCCUGCACUGUCUACAGCAAAGCUUCUUGGGACAGAAGCCCAGUUCUGCCUUUCCAGUGGCAGGCUGUUGUAUAGUAAUCAUUGCACUACUUUGCAUGUCCUGUGUGGAAAUAUUGGUUUCUAUUUAUAUGAGAAAAAACUGCAUUCCGCCACAAAGGAAACACGGGGACCCCCUCCCCCACGUGAAUGGAAAUGUUGCCAUAUCCAAAGAAUGGCCUUCAGACUUUACUGAGAUCAGUAAAGUAUCGUCUUACCUGGGGAGGGAGGAGGCAUCAUCUUCCACAUAUCCCAGCAGACUCUGCAAACUCUUGUGCAGGGAAGCUAAGAGACAACUGGCCUGUUGGCCUUAUUCAACGCUCAAGACCUGGGAACUACAUGUUAUGCACUCAACCCCAUAUUUGUGUUACUUUUUUAAUGCACAGUUUAAUUCAACUUGGGAGACCCUACUUUUUGUCACAAUGAUGAUGUGAUUUGAAGAUCUCAAUAAGUAAUUUUGCAACAGCAAAAAAAAAAGUGUUCAGCUAUUUAUGAAUAGGGUAUGUACUUAAAUAGUCGUUUAAUAUAUAUAUAUUUUUAUCCCCCUUCCCCAUUUUUGGUACAAUAAUAAAGCUCUAAGGGUGGUUUUUUUUGCUGGUUUCUAGAUUAAAGGCAGUGAGUCAGUUCUGUUUUCUGUUAUGUAUGUACAAUGUGAGUGCUUUCCAGUUCAGUGCUUUCCGAGGAGGGUAGAGUCAGUGUGGAGGGAGUUGAUGUUUCAAACCUAAAAAGACUUCUGCAGAACGGGCUUCCUUCCUUGAGGUGAUGAUGGCACCUGAUAUAUAGUAGACUCCACCAUCUAGAUUCUUUUCCAUCUCAGGGAUGUGGGGAAAAGCACAUGAAGAACAGCUUUUUCUGCUUCUCCAGCUGAGAUGCAUAGUACACCAUGUAGCAUAAUAUAAAUCGGGGCUAUUUUCUGUCUCCCCCCUCAUAUAAAAGGGUCUAGCUGUCUUGUCAUGCACAAAAGGUGUGGCUAGUUUUGUUCCUCUCCUGCCUUCAUAACUAAUUGAAUUAGCUGUAUCAAAGGCUCUCUUGUCCUUGACAGUACAACUGCAGUUGGCUUCUACCUCAUCUCCACACCCCAUCCCUGGCCAGCGUGUUCUCUUGUUACUUGAACAGAAAGCCUGGCAAACCGUAACAAAGAGCAGAACUUAAUGAGAAACAGGGCGACAGUGGAAACCAGCAGCCCCUUGUCAAAUUCCUCCUGCCCCUUUAAUACAUCAAUAUAGCACACCCUGACAUCACUAUGCUGUAUGUUUCCCUGUCAACAGCAGCCAACAACAUGGAUCUGAGUGAGGAAACAUGCACCAUAAUGCCAUCAGGUCAUGGGUUAAAUUGGGCUAAAACACUGGACUGCCAUUUUCAGCUGCAGCUCCAUGUUCACUUAUGCCCUCGUUGGCUUCAGUAAUAUAAGCAUUGCAAAGAGAUUCCUCCCCCUCCCCUGCAUCAACCUUUUCCAUAGCACUGUGCAUUUCUCCAUUGGUGAUCCAAGUCGAGAUUCAAGUUUGUCAUUUUUACUCUUCAGAUUUGCGAUAAGGCUGUGAAAUUAACCUGUUUUAAACUGGACUGUUGUUCAAACAUACAACUUCCCUUCAUUUUUGUGCUGGUUUAAAAAUGUAAUGGAAUAAUCAUUAUUCCAGUGCCUGUGUAAAAUACUGCUUCGUUGAACUGUACAAUGUGAAAAGAGAAAUCCUCAGAUUAUUUGGGUUUAUAAAUAGUUGUUGCCUGAUUCAUUUUAGCCCCAUAUGGACCAGUUUUCAAGCUGGUGUUACUUCCAGGAUUCUGUUUUUACCUGUUGGAGGACAAAAAUAAAUAAAUCUCUGUAAAAACGUGUGGAAAUCAGCUGCCGCUAAUCAAAUGGAAAUGUUCAAGCUAAUUGUGCAUGCCAAGUGUCUCUCUGUCAUUGUUUUUUACAAAUACUGUGGGGGUUUCUCCCUGAAUGAAGUAAAAGAGCAAUCCAUUUUUAAAAAACAGAAACAAAAGCUAA